GAUGCUGCUCAGUUGAGCGCCGUGCCUGAUCGAAGAAGGUCGCGUUUUAACUGGUGUGUUCCGACUCGAUCCGACCACAGCCCUUCCCUUCCGGUUGCAGGACUGGUUCGCCCCUCAGCGCGCACAGUUUGUGCCGUGACCGUGAGCGUCCCGUUGUGCGUGUGUGUGUGUGCGGUGUGUCGCGGCUUUCGUGUGCGCGUGUACGGUGCGCACUGGCGUGAGUGUGUGCGUGCAGCAGCGCCCUGUGUCUGUGUGCUUGGGGUUUGUGUGCCGGAUAGCAGCCGGAGUGACCCACUGUUAGUGGGUGUGUGUGUGCUUUAGUGAGUGGGUGUGUGUGUGCGAUUUGCACACAUCUACACUUCCUUCGUGUGCGCGUGUCUGUGUGCGUGUGUGGCUGUUAGUGCCACCCACCCUCAGCAGAGCAGAGUCGUCUCCCUCCUGCGAUACUUGCGGGAGGUCGGAAAAGCCAAGCACCACAUCAGCGUUGCGGAAAAGUCUUUCAGCCGAAGUAUCCAAUAGUGUGCGAAGUGGCUGGUUAAAGCACACUUGCUCUAUACUCGUACAGCUGGUAGCGCUGCUUGUCCGUGUUUGUCCUUCACUUCCCGCCAGGCAUUAGAGCAAAAGGGCGCACACAAUGCCUCAGACCGGUAGGACGGACUCGUACCGUGUGGCCACGGUGGCCCCACUUAAGGAUGACAAUCGCACAGCCGAUGGCCAGUUUAAGUCAAGACGCAAAAUGCCGCCAAAAAAGAAAACUGAUUUAGAUGAUCUGAAGCAGGAGCUUGACAUCGAUUACCACAAGAUCACACCGGAGGAACUGUACCAGCGACUACAGACACAUCCGGAAAAUGGUCUGAGUCACGCAAAAGCCAAGGAGAAUUUGGAACGCGAUGGACCAAACGCCCUGACCCCACCCAAACAGACGCCCGAAUGGGUCAAGUUCUGUAAGAAUCUCUUCGGCGGUUUCGCUCUGCUCCUGUGGAUCGGUGCCAUCCUGUGUUUCAUCGCUUACUCGAUCCAGGCCAGUACCGUCGAGGAACCGGCCGACGAUAACCUGUAUCUCGGAAUCGUGCUGGCCGCUGUCGUGAUAGUUACCGGCAUCUUCUCAUACUACCAGGAAUCGAAAAGUUCGAAAAUCAUGGAAUCGUUCAAGAACAUGGUACCCCAGUUCGCUACCGUUCUGCGCGAGGGUGAGAAGCUGACGCUGCGCGCCGAAGAUCUGGUCAUCGGUGACGUCGUAGAGGUCAAGUUCGGCGACAGGAUACCGGCUGAUAUUCGCAUCAUCGAAGCGCGUAACUUCAAGGUGGACAACUCUUCCCUGACUGGUGAAUCCGAGCCGCAGUCCCGUGGACCCGAUUUCACCCAUGAAAACCCGCUGGAAACCAAGAAUUUGGCCUUCUUCUCGACCAACGCCGUGGAAGGAACUGCUAAGGGUGUUGUCAUCAGCUGCGGUGAUUUCACCGUCAUGGGACGUAUUGCUGGUUUGGCCUCGGGUCUGGACACUGGAGAGACUCCAAUCGCUAAGGAAAUUCACCAUUUCAUUCAUCUGAUCACGGGUGUCGCUGUGUUCCUCGGUGUGACCUUCUUCGUCAUCGCGUUCAUCCUCGGAUAUCACUGGCUGGAUGCUGUCAUCUUCCUGAUCGGUAUCAUUGUCGCCAACGUGCCGGAGGGUCUGCUGGCCACCGUCACCGUGUGUCUGACGCUCACUGCCAAACGUAUGGCCUCGAAGAACUGUCUGGUCAAGAAUCUGGAAGCCGUCGAGACGCUCGGCUCGACCUCCACCAUCUGCUCGGAUAAGACCGGUACGCUGACGCAGAACCGCAUGACUGUCGCGCAUAUGUGGUUCGACAACCAGAUCAUCGAAGCCGAUACCACUGAGGAUCAGAGCGGCGUGCAGUACGACCGCACCAGCCCCGGUUUCAAGGCUCUGUCGCGCAUCGCUUCGCUCUGCAACCGUGCCGAAUUCAAGGGCGGCCAGGAUGGUGUUCCAAUUCUGAAGAAGGAAGUUAGCGGCGAUGCCUCGGAAGCUGCUCUGCUCAAGUGUAUGGAACUGGCCCUCGGCGACGUGUUGAGCAUCCGCAAGCGCAACAAGAAGGUGUGCGAAAUUCCGUUCAACUCCACCAACAAGUACCAGGUGUCGAUCCACGAGACGGAGGAUCCCAGCGAUCCGCGCUACCUGCUGGUCAUGAAGGGUGCCCCGGAGCGUAUCUUGGAGCGCUGCUCGACCAUCUUCAUCAACGGCAAGGAGAAGCUGAUGGACGAAGAGAUGAAGGAAGCGUUCAACAAUGCCUACCUGGAGCUGGGCGGUCUCGGCGAGCGUGUGCUCGGAUUCUGCGACUUCAUGCUGCCUUCGGACAAGUACCCGGUCGGCUUCAAGUUCAACUCGGACGACGUGAACUUCCAGGUCGAUAAUCUGCGCUUCGUCGGUCUGAUGUCCAUGAUUGAUCCGCCUCGUGCCGCUGUCCCAGAUGCCGUGGCCAAGUGCCGUUCGGCCGGUAUCAAGGUUAUCAUGGUUACUGGUGAUCACCCGAUCACGGCCAAGGCUAUCGCCAAGUCGGUCGGUAUCAUCUCGGAGGGCAACGAAACCGUGGAGGACAUUGCCCAGCGUCUGAACAUCCCGGUGUCGGAAGUGAAUCCGCGUGAGGCGAAGGCCGCCGUCGUGCACGGUUCGGAGCUGCGCGAUCUGUCGUCGGACCAGCUGGAUGAGAUUCUGCGCUACCAUACGGAAAUUGUGUUUGCUCGUACCUCCCCGCAGCAGAAGCUGAUCAUCGUGGAAGGUUGCCAGCGCAUGGGUGCCAUUGUGGCUGUAACUGGUGACGGUGUGAACGAUUCGCCCGCCUUGAAGAAGGCUGACAUUGGUGUUGCUAUGGGUAUUGCCGGUUCGGAUGUGUCGAAGCAGGCUGCUGACAUGAUUCUGCUCGAUGAUAACUUCGCUUCGAUUGUUACUGGUGUCGAGGAAGGUCGUCUGAUUUUCGAUAACUUGAAGAAAUCGAUCGCCUACACGCUGACAUCUAACAUUCCGGAAAUCUCGCCCUUCCUGGCAUUCAUCUUGUGCGACAUUCCGCUACCGCUCGGCACUGUCACUAUUCUGUGUAUCGAUUUGGGCACGGACAUGGUACCGGCCAUUUCGCUCGCCUACGAAGCACCGGAGAGUGACAUUAUGAAGCGCCGACCGAGAGAUCCUUACCGUGACAACUUGGUCAACCGCAGACUUAUCUCGAUGGCUUACGGUCAGAUCGGUAUGAUUCAGGCUGCGGCCGGUUUCUUCGUGUACUUCGUCAUCAUGGCUGAGAACGGAUUCCUGCCGCUGAAGCUGUUCGGUCUCCGCAAGAGCUGGGACUCGAAAGCCAUCAACGAUCUCACCGACUCGUACGGUCAGGAAUGGACCUACCGCGAUCGCAAGACCCUCGAGUUCACCUGCCACACCGCGUUCUUCGUGUCGAUCGUCGUCGUACAGUGGGCCGAUUUGAUCAUCUGUAAGACUCGCCGUAACUCGAUUUUCCACCAGGGCAUGAGAAACUGGGCCCUCAACUUCGGUCUCGUGUUCGAAACGGUACUGGCUGCCAUCCUGUCCUACACGCCGGGCAUGGACAAGGGUCUGCGCAUGUACCCACUGAAAUUCGUUUGGUGGCUACCAGCUUUACCGUUCAGCUUGUCCAUCUUCGUGUAUGACGAAAUUCGUCGCUUCUACUUGAGACGCAAUCCAGGCGGCUGGCUAGAGCAAGAAACGUACUAUUAGGUCAACAAAUUUAUAUUUAAAAAGAUUAAUUAAAACAAAACCAACAAAAACCAACUCCCCCGCCCCCUGCACACACACACACACACACACACAAACAAACACACAGACACGUACACAAUACACGCACACGGAAACACAUGCAUACUCUAUACAUAAACAACCAUACACACACAUACGCAUUAUGUGCAAUCCCAGAAACACAAACCACACACACACACACACAAUAACACUCCACGAACCACCUGGAGCCUGGUCGGAUGAAGGGAGAAAGAUUGUGCGAACGCCGCCACUACAUAGAGAGAGAGCAUGAGCGAUUUAGUAACGAUGCAACAACUACAACAACACCAUCCCCACACACACACAAACACACACACACAUUAUAAUAAAUCCAAUAUAAAGAAGAAAAAAAAACCCCGACCGUGGGGGCCGAGUUUGCGAGCAAAAAACCAAGCUAGAAGCGCAAAGCAAAACAAAAAACCCAGAUUAAAGCAUAAGCAUUAAUACGAAACGAAUAUAAGUAGUACGACGGUUAAGGUGAAGUUUUAGCACCGGACGAGCACGCGGUAGGGAAUAGCAAAAGGAAAAGAAAAAGUGGUAGGAGAACGCUAGCUAGCCCCCACUUUCCCCUCAAUAUAACCCCCCACCCGCCCCAUAGUGUAACACGAGACACGAAGCAGACCAGUAAAGCGGCAUUCCCGGUUCCGCGCCCGCUCAAAAUCCCACCUGCACAGGAGAGCGGUGGCGCGUGCGGCAAGCAGUGCGGAACGCUCUGGUGCCCGCUGUGAGCGGAUGGAAUCGGAGUGGGUGGUGGUGGUGGGUGGUGCAAAGUGGCCAGCCAGACAGACAGUCAGACAGACAGGCACAAAGUGCGCAAUGUAGGGUCGUCGUCGUCGCCGUCGUCCCCCGUAUAUGUGUACCGGCCCGAGAGCGCGCGCCCGAGUGUAAAACAUCAAAAAACAUUAAAAAAACAAACAAACAAACAACGGAGGCAUCCUUGCUUUGGCCACUGGCGCUUAAUAAACACUGUGUUUGCGGGACGGAAACACACCACCACGCACACGAUUCGACGCUUUGACAAAUGUGGAAGAGAGAGAGAGAGAGAGCAACAAAAACAAAGGUGUGACACACAUAGUUGAGAACGGAAGAUCUGUUGUUGUUUCGCAGCCGACGUUCGGCGUCGCAGGUUUGGUUUUUGCUGCUGGUUGUUGUCUUUUUUGCUUUGUCGUUUGUCGUUUGUCGUUGUUACACACUCUGCCACUACUGCCAUUCGCAAUGCAGAAUGUUACAUUUUUUCGUGCCGAUUUUCGUACCGGCUACUGCAAACAAAACAAAAAACUCCAUCGUUGGCGCAAGUUUUUCCUGGCUCGAAAUCAAUUCUGAAUGUUUGAAACAUUGCACGUUAGGGUGUCUGUAUGUGUGUGUGUUUGUGUGUGAGUGUGUGCACGCACUUCGUUGCAAAAUCACGAAACCACCGGCUCCUUGAUCGCCGAAGCGGCGGAAUAGAGCAAGACAGUGGCACCAUAGAAGCAAACACGCCCGAAUGUUCUAUCUGUUUGCGUAUGUGUGUGUGUGUGUAUGCAUGUUUUAGGAUACUUGUAGUAAGGAUAAUAUUCAAACCACAACAACACAAACCCCAUUUGCGUUAAGCGUAAACAAACAAACGAAAACUUACAGUUCUGUGCGGCAUAACAAUUCGCAUGCUUCUUUCAAAAAAUAAGAAAAAAGAGACACAGAGAGAACGAGCAGCGAAAAUUAUUAAUAACAUGAAUCUAAAUCGAAACACCCUCUCCAUGCUGCACACACACACACAUAUAUACACAUCGUGUUGAGGACGGAGGGGGCAGAGUAGAGGAGAUAACAAAAUUAAACCACCUGAUUGCUGUUGUGUGUGUGGUGUGUGUGUGUAUGUGUCGUUAAGCAAAAUGCGAUUUAACAACUCUAUUUAAAAGGCCACAAACACACCCAUACAUACACACUGGGUCGGCCUGGUUGUAUAGGUGGUGGAGAGAGGAGGGGCAGGAAGAUGGAAGAACACAGUUGAACUGUUGCACUUUCCCUACCGCUGGUACCACUACUGCCAGGAGAUUGUUUUGUUUGGUUGUUUUUGUUCUAUACCGUUUCAUUAUGAACUAUUAAUUCUCAAAAGCUUUUCCGCUGACCGUUCCGUUGUAGGCGUUGUAAAGCUAAGAGCAAGCCGUUUAGAGUAUAAUACGAGUAAACCAGCAGUGUGUGUGUGUGUGUGUGUGUGUGUGUGUGUGUGUGUGUGUGUGUGUGUGUGUGUGUGUGGUGCGUUAUGAGUGUCUGUUGUAGAGCGGGUGCAAUAUACGGGGAGCCGGAGGUGUGGUUGGUGGUUUGUUUUUUUUUUACAAUUGUUUUUAAUGUUAUUCUAUGAAUGGUCGAUUGUCGAUUCACAACAUUUGCGGUGUCAUGAUUUAGUAGCGUGUGUGUGUUUGUUUGCGUGUGAUUACGCUGGUAGCAAUGCGUUUCUCUUCUACGUUUCCCUACCAGCAUGCCAUGAAAAGCCAUCCGUUUUCUCCAACACCUUCCUCGAAUGGUAGGCGGUGUUUCAGCACGUGGCCAACGUUGCUGUUGUGUAGUAGUGUGAGAAGCAGCUGCUUAUGCUAGAGAGAAGGGACGGCGAUGUCCCAUGCACUCGGUUUGAACCCCCUCGACGCGAGGCGGUGUAUUCUCAGCAAUGCAUAAACGUAUCGCUUCGUUACAAGCAAUACAACCAGUACGCCAUUUUACAUAUUCAGCCUCUCCCCCCUGUGCCCUGCUGCAGCCAGUAAUCAUUAUCGCAACAUCAAACUUAGGGGGCAGGGGGCAGAUAGGGAGUAGUGGCAAUGGGGGACAGUUGGGACGCACAAUCCACGGUAAGAAGGGGGAGGUUGUGUUGUGUUUCCAACGCUUUUCCAAACCACACGCGGGGAAAACAGCCGCACGGCAGAAAAGUCGGCCGAUAAAUUCUUUUUCUAUUUAUGAUUAAAAUAACUAGAGAACAGCGCGCGCAAGCAACAUAGCAACAAUAUACGCAUGCCACUCAUUUAAAGGAAGAACGCGAAGAAUAAUAGUACCCGCCACAACACACCCCCAGCGCGUGUUACACACCGAGUCACACUUCACACGAGUUAGGUGCGCGCGUGCGAAAAUUACACACACAAACACAAACAAAAAAAAAACAUAAGAAGAACCACACGAUGCAAAAUGAUUGAAAUCAAUUCGUUGUUAGUUACUGAAGA